AUGAUCCAGAGGGUUCUGCUUGAGGAGAACACGGAGCAAGUCAUCCUCAGGUGGAAGACCUCUCAGAAGGCCGUCUAUCGCGUAAACAGUGACGAGGAGUUGGAGUGGGAGCUGGAGCGGACGGCUGUAAGCUGCAAAGCGCUCCUGGACUCCAAGAUUGAGGAGCUGUAUGGUGCCUCAGAUGUCUCUGGAGGUGCUGCUGCUCAGAGGAGGAAAGAGCUGCGAGAGCGAGAGCAGAAGCGAGUGGACCGGGCGAGGAAGCGCAAGGCGUGGCGCGAGGCAGAGUUCGGCCGGGAGCUCGACAGACUCCAAGCCGCCGAGAAAAGGCUCCGCGAGGAGGAGCGGGAAAGGGACGAUGCAGACCGAGCCAAGGAGGAGCUCGAGGUCCAAGAAAAGCAGAGGAAGGAGCUCAAGCUGGAGAAGCUGGAGGCCGACGACGGCCUUGUUCGCACCCUCAAUGUAGCGCAGCUGGCGGACAACCGGGCGCUCAUGCAGAUGGUAGAGAAGGCAUCGGGGUCUGGCAAGUCCGUUCAGCACAUGCCUGUCCAAGAGGAGCCUCGGGAGGAGCUCUUCACCAUGAGCCCUGGUUUGGCGAGGAAGUUGGACACCACCUACCUUCGCAACGAGCGGAUACUCGAACGAAAGCUACGGCCUUGGCUGGAGCGGAAAGUCGACGCUCGACGCAGCAGUAGCCCCAUAAGUAGCUUCCAGGGCGUCAGACUUGGGCUCAUCUAG